UAAGCUUAACCUGAUCUUGGUGCCAGGAAGUGGCUGCUCGUGUUGGGGCUCGGCGGUGCAAGCGUCGUGAGUUUAUAUUGUCUUCCAACCUGGUCUACCUCCCCGCUUCUAACUCCCACUGGAUGUACCGUCUUUGCGUCUUUAACCGGAAAGUGAAUCCUACCAACUGCACACAUGUGGUAUUUUGGCAGAAUGCUGAUCCAGGCAUCCUAAACCUUGAAAAAGAGGUUCAAUUUGUUAUUGUGCGCGGCUUGCUCAGCCCACUCACCUUCUGUUUGUUCUUGUUAAUGACUGAAAGGCCCAGGCAAACAUGGCAAGGGAGAGUGGUAUGGUACCAAGAAAGACGGUUAUCUUGACUCUAUUCUGUGGGUCAACGUCGAACAAAAGCAUAUGCACAUCUACCUUUCCAAACAUCACCACUUCUCCCGACUGCUAUCUUUGCGAGGUCUCUGUGGUCGACCAGCACUAACAUUGGCCAAUUGACCCGAAGACGGAGAUGCCUCGACUUGGGACUUGGUACCACCAAAGCACAGCAUCUGGAAACUAUAAACAGCAAGACCUCUCUUCAUCCUCGAUUCGGCGGCCUCCUGUGUUUGACUAACCUGACGAUUCUGCUCAGGAAAUACUUCAAGAGUCCUCGCUCGAAAGUUGAUUGAACUAUUUGCAUUACUCAACUUAUUGCAUCUUGUAUGCUCUUCUGCUGCUUUAUUCACAGCAUCCACAUAGGGACUGAUUGGGCUCCUUGUUGUUACAUUCAGCCCUCUGUAUGUCAUUGCAUCCAGGUACACUCCUCAAUCUUUGUUUCCGUGAGAAUCACCAAACUUUGUGGUUGAGUCUCGCUUUACACGUGGCUACCCCUUGGCUCAGAUCUCGAUUUUGACUGAUCGAUAUUCGGUACUGGCCACUCACCUUUACCUUUCCACACUCGAGAUUGUUGGUGGCAGGGCUGAGCUUGACUUGAGCUAUGAUGAAGGCACAUCAACAGAGGGGAAGAACUCACACAAGUUUACCCUCACUCAUCACCCUCGUUGCCAUCGUUUCUCCUCUAGCAUCAGCGGUACCCUCUCUCACCGACGAUUCAAAAUGCGAGUGUUACCUGACAAACGGUACACAAGCUUCCUUCUUCGCCACCCACGAAUUUCUAGACUUCCGAAACCUAGCUGAACACGCCGGCAUUCCACCCACCAUCACCAAACCCAACGACAGCGGAAGUGCACCCGUCACUAGCGAAUACUUCACUUCCAAAGAAUGGACCGAGGCAUUUUGGGUCCUAAGUUGGAACAACAGCCACCAAAUCCGCGAGGACGCCACAGUGCUGAUGGUUAACUCGCCCAAUAACGUUUACAUUGAAGCCAACAGUGACCGCAACCCGUCCUCGCAAACCUGGCUCACCCUGCGCACCCAACGUCUCAAAGACUUCCAAACCGCCUCCGAGAUCGAGUCCGUCGCGCCCGGCUUUCAGUACCUCUCCGUCCGCAUGCUCGCCCGCACCGUCGGCUCCCCGGGCGCCAUCACCGCCUUAUUCACCUACCGCGACGCCGACCGGCUCGCGGACGUGCAGGAGUCUGAUCUCGAAGUACGCACCAUGGACCCGCGCAACACGAUCCAGUACACCAACCAGCCGUCCUAUACGGAAGAGGGCGAAGAGAUCGACCACGCUACCAAGAACGUCACGCUUCCCCCAGGCCACCCGGAUUGGACCCACUGGGCUGUGCACCGGCUUGACUGGACACCCAAGGAAACUGUCUGGUACGUGGAUGGGACCGAGGUUGCGACUAUCUCGUUCCAGACGCCUAGAGAUCCUAGCAAGGUUAUACUGAACGCGUGGAGCGAUGGCGGCGAGUGGAGCGGGAACAUGUCGGUUAACGACGCGGCGUAUUUACAGAUUCAGUGGUUGGAGAUUGUGUAUAACGCCACGGAUGAAAAUCCCGCAAAGAGGAAGAGAAAUGAUAGUGGGGUAGCAGCUGUGAUGCCGAGGGAGAGGGAUGAGGAUGGGGAGGGUGGCUGUGAUGUGGUGUGCAGUAUAGAUGAGACUCCGGAACCGGGAAAGCCGGUGAUGUUAUGGAAUAACGGGGCAAUGAGGAUGGUCGGUGGAGGGUUGGUUGCUUGGAUACCUUCAUUAGUGACCUUUGGUAUGCUCGCUUUGAUUUCUGGGGGGUUGUGGUAGAGAGAAGCAGGUUGUAAGAGCACGUUGUCACAUAAAAUGGCGUUAGGAGGGUAUACAUAAACAUGUUCAGGCAGGUUUUACAGUGAAUCAAGUGAUGAGUGUGUCCGGAGGAUUGAUCAUAAAAAGAGCGAUAGUUGUAACAUCCUCGGUCGAGUAAACAACUUAUAUAUACAUAGAAACCAGCUCACCGGGUUCAUGACGUGUGUCAAUGAUCAAUUAGCCCACCUUA